ACAAGAUGUUGAUAAUAGAAUUGCUGUAAAAUUAAAUUCAAAGAAGGUUUCUUAUAGUUGUAGUUUUGGGUUUUGUAAAAAGGCAUUAGAUCUAGCGAUUACAAAUAGCAAAAGACAUCUUGCUGGCAAAAGAUAUUUAUCUACAAUUGAGAAUCGUAAUAGCAAAUAUAUUCAUUCAAGUAAUCAAGAUGAAAGAUUAGAACCAGA